CCUUCUGAAGGGAAUGCCCAGGGCUUCUUGAACGAAUGAUUCAGAAGAUGGAAAAUCAACUCCUUCCUCAGAAAAGCCUACCUGUGUUAUGGCAGAGCCCCAGCCGCACCUCCUGGGGAACAGGUAUCAUCCUCGUCCUCCUAUGUGGACUGGGGCUCCUCCUGCUGCUACUCAUCCCGAGAACUCCAUCCUCACCACCUUGUAAAACAAGGAGGGUCACCAGGAAGGGUCAAGUGCAGAUGAGGAGGAGGACGAGGAGCAAGACAAAGAGCAAAACUCUGAAAGUCUACAGAAAUUGCCUGGAGAACCUGAAGGAGGCUCAAAGUAUCAUUUCCCUUCUGAAAAGCUAUGUGGGGAAGCUCCACGAUGACAGCAUUUCUCACCUUUCACACUGGCAUCUCCCGGGAGAUGAAUGCAAUCCAGCACCUGCUGGAAACAAGCAACCUCACCAGGAGACUGAGGAAGAUGUUUCUCCUGACACCUUGUCCACAUUGGCUUCCCUGGCUCCUCCAUCCCAGCCUCCUCCUCCCCUGGCCCCCUUCCUGCCAGAAGAACCUCAGGAAGUCCAGUCUGACAUGAAGAGAAUCCCCACAGGGCCUGUCUCAGAGAACUCUCCUCCACGGAACUCCUACUUGGCAUCUCUUGGCACGGCCAUCCCAGGCUUUGACCGCUUAAGCAGCUCUAUUUCACUCUUCUUCUGGUGGUGGCCAACUGCCAAGGCCUUGUUGCUCCUCACCUCACCACAUGGCAGGUGCCAGCAAGAGCAUCUUUCCUACCACCCACCAGAGGCCUCUCUCUGGGGAGAUGCCACACACAGGCAGGUAGAGGCUGGUGGCCCCUCUUUCAUCAGCCCUGCUGUGCAGGAGCUGCUAGAAAUGUCCAUCUCCAAGAGAGUAGAACUGAUGCUGAAAGCAGAAGAAAAGACUGGGUCACUCCUGAACCAAAGGCGCCCAAGCUACAUCCUGAAGUCUUUGGGAACUUUGUUGAGGUCCCUGAGUAACAAGCAGGCCGCCACCAUGCCACAACCCUUCUGGAACCUGGAAAACAAACCAAAACAGCUGCCAGAUCCUCAGCAUCUCUCUUAUUCAGAGGUCUUUGGGGAUGACCUAGAACAGAAAUACAGCCAGCUCUUUUGGGGCCUCCCCUCCCUGCACAGCGAGUCACUAGUGGCUGCAGCCUGGGUCUCUAACAAAAAACCUGUUUCACGAACUCCCACAGUUAGGUUCAAUACCAAUGUUACUACUCAGACUCAGUCUGCAGAUGCUCCACAGGUCUCCCAAGCCCAGCCUUUGCCCCCCUACCAAUCGACACAAUCCCAAUCUUUGACUACAAACUCUCCUUUUAAUCUAGGUCAGAUCCAUACCCAGCCCCAGCCCCCUUGCUCUUUCCCAAACCAACAAAGUUCCUCUUUAGUCAAGGGUAGGACCUGUAGAAUGACCUGUCCCACAUCUCAGGAUAAGGCUCGCUCUAUCAUCCCAACUUACAACGAAGAAAUGGAUUGGCCUCUGCAGAUGCCUCUUCACCGGCUGUGGGCUGCCCGUAGUUCUCUUCAAAAAAACCAGGAUGUUGCUGGCCAACCCAGCCCCAACCUUCCCCAGGACAGCUGGGCUUCCCGAAUCUGCCAGUGCAAUGCAAAAAAUAUACUUGAGUCCUCAAAAUCCUCCCAGCCCUUUGAUACUGCAGAUGAAAGAGACAAGGAUUUCCAGAUGAGAUUUGUGCUCCCAGGAAGACACUUUAGGAAGAAUGCAAAGAGAUCCCAUCUAGGUAAACCAAGAAAGGAUCUAGAGCAAGACAGACACGAGCAAGACCAUUUAUCCUCCCAUGUGAGCAUUCCGGAAGAUAUUAUGGGGUCAGAAAGUGACUUGACCAGACCCAGGAGGAGGGACUAUGAAGACUACAAACCUAAGAGCCCAGACCAGAAACAGAUGAAACAAAUCCUGAAAGCCCAUUUGGUCAAGAAAUUGUGGCAAAUCAAGGAGAACAGGAUUCCUGUGAGAGUGAGUCAGUCCUGGAUCACAGUAAGCCAUGCAUUUCCCAAGUCUGACACCCACUCAAAAUCCAGAAAGCUGUUAUCCUUGAAACAUCAGCAUCCUGGCGUGAACACUUCCCAGGAGCUUUACUUUCUUGAUUCCCUUACUCGACGCAUGCUGGAAGCACAUAUUAAAAAGUGUAGGGAGAAGCAUGGGUGGGACCUUGACUACAGCCAGGGCCUUCGUAUCAACUCAGCUGCAGCUCAAACUUUACACCAUCCGCAGUGUACCUUCCCCUCCUUGCUUGCCAAUAAGUCAGUGGCCAACGUGACAACCAACAUAGCUAGGUCCCUGGGAGACCCUCAAAAAGUCCGACUCCUGCAGGUUCCAACUCCUGGGGAAGGACCCAGGCUGAGACCAGAGAUACCGGACCUGCAGAGCAUGCUGCUGAGCUACCACCAGACCUACCACCAAGCUGUGAAUAGAGCUGUAACACUGUCACGGUGGCUGACAACGCCCCAGCAGCCCAACUGCGUGGCCAGCAGUUUCAACGGCAGCAGCUUGCCGCUUUUACAAGCUACACUGAGCUGUAGCACAGAGGCAGCGGUGGGUCGCAGCAGGCUAGCAGUGAGUGGCCACUGCCGCUCCCUGCCACGGCAGGUCCGGGCACAACACCACGCAGCCUCCUUGCCUAGUUGA